CGUCGUUGCCGGUAGUGGAGACGUCACCCUUUCAUCCCGCAGCUGUGUUGGCCGUGUAGCGAGGUGGGUCACGACCACAGCAAGGAAUGGGCUCUGUGUAGAUUAUGUUCAGAAAAUGACAGUUGCAAAAAAGUGAAUUUUGGUUUGUUAUGAUUAGUAUGGAUCACAUUUGAAUGACCGGCAUUAAAACUUCAACAAUACAGCUUACCAUAAAUUUGUGUGUGCUGCUAUGGCCUACAGCAAUGUCAACAGAUUUCUUCUGCUGUCUGGGCUACAGGAGUGGUCCACUUCUCUCACAGGUUGUACUGCUCCAUAUUUCAUCGAGGAGCUAUAGUAAGCAACCGCUCUAUAUAGCAUGGUUUUUCUUACCCAAUACAAUAACUAUUUUCUAACGUUGUCUGCUGUACAGAUCCUUCUUAUUGUGAUAACCAUAUUAUUCGCCGUAGGACUUAUUACAUGUGUCCUUAGUCAUUACAAGAUGGGAGCAAGAUCUUGGAGUGACCAGCGAAACAGACAACUACAGACAACUAGGCAGCCUCAGCAGCAGUACACAACACCUGUUAAUACUUCAGUGAUGUAUUCUCCUGCUACUGUUCAAGAAAGACAAAGACUGGAAAGCGGAGCUCAUCAAGAUCAGCUUGUCAGGCUUCAUUCUAUUCAGACUGAUUUAGCCUUAAAUCUGCCUCAUUCAAUUGCUUUGCCUGAUGGUGAGGAAGGUCCUCAUUGUGAUUCAAAACUGCUUAAGUUGCAUAACCCUGAUCAACAUGCUGAAAUAACUCGUAGUUUUAUUAGGCCUCCUCCUAACCGCACUGUUCCAGAUGGUAAUACAAUUCCACCAUUUCGUUCAAAUUCUGUUGGUCAAAAACCUUCAUUAACCUUAGCUGAUGUUUUUGUUGCACGAUCACACAGUGUGAGUUCUAGUGAUGCCCAAAGUGUAAAAUCUGCCCGGUUAAAGUGUUCUGUACCUAACCCUAAUAUUACUUCUCAAAUUUGGUUACCGCCUGCUGCUGUAAACUUGGGUGCCAGUGGGAUCUCAAAUAGGACGUAUGAAUGUACACAAAAUGAUAGCAAAUAUGAUAAUAAUGAGCCACCUCCUCCAUAUAGUGAUGUAAUGAACCAGUGGGAUGUAAAUACUAUAAAUAGACAACAACAUAAUGGUAUCUGAGGGUAUCGUAAGUCUUUCAUAAGCCUCUAGUUGUGAUAAUCUUCCCGGUCAGGAAGAUCAUCAACAGCAAAAUUGCUCUUCCUGUGUUCAACAAAGGUAAACAACCUUUGUUUCAUCUUGUGUUUUGAUAGGCUAAAAUGUUCACAGUGCCUCAAAGUUAUACAGUUCUGUUGUUGAAAGGUUUACUUUUGUUAAACCGGCCUUGGUCCCUUACCUGUCAUAAGUCAUUUUUUCUUUUUAUAAUUUCACUGUCCUGUAAACUUUAUGAAUUCUGUUGAUUAUAAAUGCGCCCAGAGGCGUACUGUGAUACAUCAAUGUAUUCAAAGAACGGGCAGUUAUAAAGAGUGUGUGUGUGCAUUUUAGAGUACAGUCAAUAAAGGAAAGUGUAUUACUGUUGUGAACCAAUUUCAUGAAAAGGUAUGGUGCUACACACAUUCAUAUGAGUAAUUUGAAUGAUAAAUUGUAUUUCAAACAUAAUUGUAAAAGUAUGUCCCAACUUGAAACCAAAGAUUGUGGCAGUCUUUUAUUGCUUGCUUAUUGUUAAGUUUUGCAUAAAAUUCUGAAACCUGUAUUUUUAAAUCUAAAUUUUGCCAUUUUUUAAAAUAUCACUUAGCAAAUCAAAAUAGUUAAGCCAUUUUUAAAUUGGGACACUACUUAAAAUUAUCUAAUUUAUCUACUGGUGCUAUAAACUGUAAAAUAACGUUUGAAAGUGUUGUGAUUAUUUAUAAAUUAAUUUAUCUUGAGUGAGUGACUACUUUCGUGCUUCUGUUAAAUUACCAUGUAAAGUAAUUUGAAUAAUUUUCUAUUGAAAGUUAAUGUUCUAUGCUUUAUAAUAUUGUUCAUACAAAUCUGAAAUAUAGUAUUUUUUGUAAAAGAAUAAUAUAAAAGAGAUUGCUAAUGCUUUUGUAGUACAGGAUUGUUAUAUAUAAACUAAUAAUGAGUUUUGUGGUUCAUGUUUUCCACAUCAGAAAGGAAAAUCUAUAAGCACAUUUUUGAAGCAAGGAAGUUAAGUUACAAAAAACAAAGGAAACUUAUCUUUUCUGUUUUAAUUUUUUUUUUUUCUAAGCUAUUGAUUUUAUAUGUUUUUAAUCAUAAAAACUGUUUCAAAAUAAUUUUUAUAUUUUAAAGAAUUGUAACAUGUUUUAUAAUAUAUCAAUUAAAACAAAUGCUUGUGUGCUGUUUAGUUGUAACCACCCUGUAUUACGAACUAAAGUAGUUUUCUAUUGGCUGCAUGGUAUAAUAUAUGUCAUGCAGGGAAACCUCUCAAAUUCAAAGCGAAAUUUAUUGUGUUAAAUAUCAGAAUGGCAAUAUUUUAGUUAUAACCACCCUGUAUUACAAACUAAGGUAGUUUUCUAUUGGCUACAUGGUAUAUGUGUCAUGCAGGGAAACCUCUCAAAUUCAAAGCGAAAUUUGCUGUGUUAAAUCUCAGAAUGGCAAUAUUUUAGUUAUAACCACCCUGUGUUACCAACUAAGGUAGUUUUCUUUUGGCUACAUGGUAUAAUGUGCGUCAUGCGGGGAAACCUCUCAAAUUCAAAGCGAAAUUUGCUGUGUUAAAUAUCAGAAUGGCAAUAUUUUAGUUGUAACCACCCUGUAUUACGGACUAAGGCAGUUUUCUAUUAGCUACAUGCUAUAUGUGUCAUGCAGGGAAACCUCUCAAAUUCAAAGCGAAAUUUGCUGUGUUAAAUAUCGAAAUGGCAAUAUUUUUGUUAUAACCACCCUGUAUUACGAACUAAGGUAGUUUUCAAUUGGCUACAUGCUAUAUUAUGUGUCAUGCAGGGAGACCUCUCCAAUUCAAAGCGAAAUUUGCUGUGUUAAGUAUCAUAAUGGCAAUAUUUUAGUUAUAAUCACCCUGUAUUACGAACUAAGGCAGUUUUCUAUUAGCUACAUGCUAUAUGUGUCAUGCAGGGAAACCUCUCAAAUUCAAAGUGAAAUUUGUUGUGUUAAAUAUCAGAAUAGCAAUAUUUGGAAGAGUGGCAACACACAUGCAUAUUUAUGACAGCCAUUUUUCGUCCAAGUCUGCAGUUGCUUACUGUCUCUCAGCGGUGUUAAGGAACACCAGCAUUUAUGAAUUCAAAUCUGAAAUUUGUCGUGUGUUUUAAAAAAUCAAAAUAUUGUGCUAAGAUAAAUGUUUUAACUAAAUAAGUGUUUUAAUUAUCAUUUUAUCUCGUACUUUAUUUGUUAUAAAUAACAUUAUUUUGUUUCAUUACCUUAUUAGAAAUGUUAAUUAAACGUGAGCAUAUUUUUUAAAACUUCUACAAAUCCCCUAAACCUUCAAACAUCCUUAACUCCUAGUAUUACUCAGACUAUGUUAUUUCAGAAAUAACUUAGUUUCUACUGAAAAUUAUUUAGUUGAACUGUUAUUGUAUUUAUUUAUUGCAAAAUUAAACAGCAAAAUUACUUUGAAAAAGAACUUAAUCAUUAGAAUUAUUUAGUCGAAAAAAAUAAUUAAAAAUUAUCUUUUGAUCAAAUUAAAAUAGUUUUAACAAUCAAAUUUGCAUAAAUGUCAAGGGUGGUUUGAAGGAAAAACUAUUUUAAAAUAUUAAGUUGUUCUCCCUAUAAAAGAAAUCUACAAUUUUAAGAAUUUUAAUUUCUUUGAAAAAAAAUCUUUUUGCAAAUUGCCCUCUAUAAUAGGUUAGUUAACUCAUGGAACUAUUAUUGAGUAUUACAUCAAUCACUUUUUUGGCCGAACAAUUUCCAGUUUUGUUGAUAUUUUAUCUGGGCACAGAGGACAAAAUGUUGAUUAAAUUAACUGCCCUAAACCGUUAAUAUCAACUACAUACUUAAGAAGAAUCUGAAAAUUUUGGAUUUAGAUCUAUUGCCAAAAUCUUUAAAAGCCUUCAUCUUAUAACAGAACUUUUUUGACAUUGCUGCAAAUGUUUCUUGGGAAUGAUUAUUUUAAUUUUUCCUCGUGGUGAUUUUCCUUCUGUGGUUUUUUUUUUUUGUUGUUUUUGUUUAAUUUUUUGUUAGAAUCAUUUUAAUGUAGUUUUUUUGUAAAAAAAAAUAAACUUUUUUUAAAUACCUUCGUUGUGAUAUUUUUUUAAAUCCUAUGUUGCACAAUGAAGAACCUAUUAAACCUAUUUAAAACAAGUGUUUCAAUGUUCUUUAGAAACAAAUUGAUAAUUAAAACAUAUUUUUUUUGUGUUCUAGCUUUUUUAAAGCAUUUUAAGUACCCUAUUUAUUAAAAAAUUUUAAAACCUACAAUACACUCAUUAAAUUGUCUUUGUUAAACAGAUUUAUUAAGAAUUAACAAAAAAUGUAGCAAAUUUUUCUUAUUUAAAUGUUGAUUUUUUGUUAAAUACUAUUUUUUUUUUAAAAAAAAAAAGCUUUAAUUUUAAUUAAAUUUUUUCUUUCUUAAGAAAAUAAAAGUUAAAGCAAGUGGUUCCACUGCCCUUGACAAACUCAUUUAGUUGAGUUUUUUUUUAAUGGCAUUAAAAGAUUUUGGUAACUCAUUUAACAGUCCCAAUUUUCAUCAUAUGUUAUCUUUUUAAUAAGAAGAAAAAUCUCCAUGUGAUUGUCUGGUUUGUGCAAAACAAAAAUAAUGCAGUUUUUGAAUUCCCCAACUUGUCUUCCAGUUUACUUUAAUUUUAAACUGUCAAAAAUAUUUUUUAAAUAAUUGAUCCUAUUAUAAAUUAUAAUUAAAGUGGUUAAUUAGGGAGUUUGAUUUCAAUGGAAUUAACUUUUAAUUAGUAUGAAGUCGCAUGUGUUUGAUUUUGCAAUAGUCAGAUUUCUUAAGAGGGCUAUUAAAAAGUCCUUUUUGUUAUUACACAUGAUUUUGGAAAAAAAAAUAUAGAUAAUGAAGGAACUGUUUAAUACCUUUUCAGCAUUAUAGAAAAGUCAUGUUUUUUUCCCCUUCCGUUUAUAGUUUUUUUCCAAUCGCUUUGCAGAUUGGGCCUAAAGAAACAGUUUGUACUAAUCUCAUGUAAGAUUAAAACAUUAAUUUCUGCACAUUUCACUUCUAGAAAUUUGACCUUAUUAGAAAAUUUUGCAUUAAAUCUUAAUUUUUAAUAAAUUUUGCUGAAUUUAAUUUGUUGUAACCUUACUGAAACAGUAAGUGUAAGCAAAUUACUUCAUGUAAAUUGUUUGUCUUUCACCAAAAUAAUGCUAUAUCAAUCAUAUACCUUUCCUAUUUUAAAAUCUAUUUUGCUUCUAAGGAUACAAGAAGUUCAGAAAUGUUUAUAUAAUUAAAAAUCACUAUUGUGAAAAAAAAUAUUAAAUUCAGAUUUUUCACUUUUUUUAAACAAUAGUGUGUUUCAUAAAAGAUUCUACAGUUUUUACAUUUCCCUCUCUUUACACGUUUAAAAGCUAUUUGCAUUAUAAUCUCCUACCUAUAUGCAACUCCUGAUUAAAUAUGGAGGGCACUUGGAAUAAUUAUUAAAAAAGCUAAGUUUUAGUUAAGCACAAUUAAAUAAAUUUUAAAACUGGAAGCAAUUGAAUGCAAAAUUUAUUAUUGAUUUACUAAUACAAUUUAGUUUUAUAAUUUAAGAUUUGUAAUCAUUAGGAUUUUUGUGACUUCUGAGCAAACUUAUGAUCUUUUUUGUGCUUUGUUCAACCUUAUUCUCUAGGUAAUUACUGCCAUAAAAGCUUUCAAAAAAGUAAAAUAUGUAGGCAAUUUGAAAAGUAAGUUUCCAUUUUUGUUACUUAAGGGCAUCAAGCUAUUAUGUACGCUUGCCAUUUCUGAAAAACUUGCCAAGUAAAGAGAAAGAAAUUUUUUUUGAACCGAAAAUUUGCCAAAGGUGGAAGUGAAGUUAGUACUGUGUACAGUUUAAACAUUGCUAAUUGAGAUAUUGUAUAGUAAUUCAUGAGAUUUUUUAAGACGUAACAAACUUCCAGGAUGAAUGUCAGUAAUAAUCUUGUUACAAACAUUUAUGAUUAAAUUAUCAAUUGUCAGUUUUCUAUGUACAUUCAUCUGUUAUAAUAAAAAAUAGUUUCAAGAAGUUCUAUACUUGAUGAGUCUAAGUUUUAUGCAGAAUAGAGUUUUUAUAGGGACAUGAUUGGUGUUCAUGUUCAAAGCAUUUUGAUUGCCUUCAAGUGAUAGUAAAAGAUCUUAUCUGCAUGAUUGCAGCAAAAUAAUUACUUUCUGAAUUGCCAUCAUAAUUUAUUUGCUGAAAGUUAUUCACUGGAAUAUGAAUGUUUUUUUUUUCUAAUCAUAUUCAUUAAAGAGCUAACAUAUUAUUUUCAAUUAUAAAAAUGAGAAAAUAUUUCUAAUUUUAGUGACAGUGUUUAGGUUCUUUUUAUGAUAGUUUGCAGCCACUCUUCCAAGCAGAGACAUAACCAGGAUGUUUGUUGACAGAACUGCUGCUACAUUUUUCUGAAAAUAAAUAUGUCUUAGUUUUCUACUGUUUUUUAGAAAAAAAGUAGAAACAGUUUUAAGUACAGUAUUAUAUAUUUGUUUUAAAAUUUACAUUUGUAGAAUAUCACCCUCUCAAAAAGAAAAUCCUGGCCAAGUCUCUGCACUCCAGAAUAAACAAUAAUAUUGAAAGAAAUAUUUAAAAAAUGAGAUGCUUCACUUAUAUCUUUAAAUUCUUGAAUCAAGAUUAAAUUUUUUUUUUGAUUUUCCUAUUAUGUCAUGAUUGAUUUAGGUUCUAGAACUUGGAGUAUUUGUUUUCAGUAACAUAUAUUUCAAAAGAAUUACUGACACUCAGUUAGCUUAUAACAAUCAAACAAUAACAGUUAACUUUUUACAAAAUUUGCAUUAUGCUAAUUUUAGUACAUAACUAAUUUAGUUUAUUUUGAUAUCCAAAGAAAAAUUUAAUUUUUUAUUCCUCAUUUGCAGAUUUGUUCAAAAUUAUUAAUAGUAAAUGUUUUAAAGUAGUAUUUCUGUAUCUUUGUCUUUCCCUAAUUUGUAGUCUAUUUUCAUUAACUUUUAUUAAAACAAUGAGAAUGUGUUCAUUCAAGAUUUAAUGAACUAGCUUGUUUUUAUCUUCAGAGAGCCUUAGUAUUACUCUUUCAACAUUUAGUUUGGAAACAUUUUUUAUCCAGAAAAAAAUCAAUCUUAAACAUUUUUUACUCAAGAUAAAAUUAAUUGGAUUACUAGAAUUUGUGAAAGUAUGGUCGCUAAAUUGAAAAAAUUUGGGUAUGAUUAAAAACGUUUAAAAUUAUGCAUGCUCAUGAAUUUAGACCAAUUUAUGUAUACAAAGUGUUCCAUAAUCAUUGCCCUCGAUGUAUAAUUUUCGAUGUAUCGAAAAGAUGAAAUUAAAAGAUAUUCUCAUUUGAGAUAACAAAUAAGUGACCACAGUGUGAAAUUUUUUUAUUAUAUUCUGGCAUAUCUUAAGGUCGAUAAGAGCAAAAGUUAUAUUGUAUUGAGAAACCAGUUUAUUUGAGAAUGAAGCCAAAAGCCUGUACUUAAGGAAAGUCUUACUCGACAUGUGAAGUGAAUUUUGAGGAUAUUUUUCACUACUUUUUGUUUUGAUCGACCUAGAUUAUGAUUUGAUUUUCACUUAAACUUACAUUUGUAUCCUUCAAAGUGAAUAUUUUACUUCUUUUAUGAAAGAUUCGAAAAAAUAUAUAUAAAGGGGAAAGACCACAAAUCCUUAUGGGUAGAAUAAAAAUUUUGCUUUUAAUACUUGGGAUCAUAUCUUAUGGAGGAAAUAAUAAAAAAACAAUUUUUUGAGAUAGAAAAAAAGGUACAUACUACUAUUUGCAAUUUAGGUCAAUACUAAUUGCCUUCUUUACAAUCUGAAAAAAAACGUAACUGUUUUAGAUUUUUUUCUUUGUUUAAUGAUAUGCUUCUUGUACUUUUUGUUUAUAACUAUGAGGAAAUAAAGAAUGAAGGUGGCAAUAA